CGAGGCAGCUUGUCACCGAUGCCUGAGUAUUCUGUGGGGAGAUAGCCGGUGGUUCCUACCUCCUCGGGAGCGCCCUAGGCCACGGUGCCACGCCCCUCCCAACCCCGCCAGGUGCGGGCGACCCCGCCGCAGGGUCUCCCCGGCUUGCACUGGGGCGGGAAGGGCGAGGGACCCCGGAGAGCACCGCCUUCUCCUGAGAGUGCGCGUCGGAGAGCCUGGGUUCCCCCCUGGCUCCGCCACUGGAGUUCUUCCCCUCCCCCGCCCCCGGCUUCUUUCUCAGGCUCGGUUUCCUUCUUACGGUCUGACGAGGCUGUCAAUCCCCACCCUCUGCGAGACCAGUCAAGAUCAGUCGCGUCUGAGAGUUCUGGCUUCUUUCGUGGCCUCUUCAAACUUAGGCUGUGUUUUUUUGGGUGCUGUCUAAAGCCCGCGUGUUUGGUAGACCACAGCAUACAUUUCAGGUCAGGCCAGCUUUGUUUUCGCUGUAAUUUCUAGUACUCUGCGGUCACAGAGGAGCCAUGCAAAGCCAAACAAAACGCGAAUGCUGGAACCUGCAAGUGUUGGAUUUGUCGGCUCCCUCGUUAGCAUUGUGUCCUGAAGGACGUCAGACUUUAUGCUGAAAGAUGAUUCCAGAAUCUCCCCUCACAUUUUUAAAAACUCUGUAAGGCUGUCUACAGAACAGGCACUUCGUACUGACCUUAGCGUUCUCUGUUCACCGUCUUCAAUCUUCAGUGCCGUGGGAAAUGAGCCGCCCGGUGCCCACUGUACUUUGUGCCAUUCUGCCAGUUGCUUCACUUUCACAAUUUCUUCACCACCACAACCAAGGAAGGAUAUGAUAUGAGGCGAGUGGACAUAACUCCUUUAGAACAAAGGAAAUUAACUUUUGAUACCCAUGCACUGGUUCAGGAUUUGGAAACUCAUGGAUUUGACAAAGCACAAGCAGAAACAAUUGUAUCAGCAUUAACCACUUUAUCAAAUAUCAGCCUAGAUAGUAUCUACAAGGAAAUGGUUACUCGAACUCAACAGGAAAUAACAGUACAACAACUAAUGUCUCAUUUGGACUCCAUCAGGAAAGACAUGGUCAUCCUAGAAAAAAGUGAAUUUGCAAAUCUGAGAGCAGAGAAUCAGAAAAUGAAAACUGAAUUGGAACAAGUUAAGCAACAACUGAUUAAUGAAACCAGUCAAAUCAGAGCAGACAAUAAACUGGACAUCAACCUAGAAAGGAGCAGAGUAACUGAUAUGUUUACAGAUCAAGAAAAGAAACUGAUGGAAGCAACCACAGAAUUUACCAGCAAGGAUACCAAAACCAGAAGUAUUAUUUCUGAGACCAGUAAUAAGAUUGACACUGAAAUUGCUUCUUUGAAAACACUGAUGGAGUCUAACAAGCUUGAAACAAUUCGCUACCUUGCAGCCUCAGUGUUUACUUGCCUGGCAAUAGCAUUGGGAUUUUACAGAAUCUGGAAAUAGUUGAGAAACUAUGACAGUAUGCCGCUGCUGCCGCAGACUUGAGAACACUACGCCAGGCUACGUUUACUCUGAACAUGGAAGUUGCAGCAGAUACUCAAUACAGCAAGAUUAUUCAGAGUACAUAUGGACUAAAAAAAUAUUUUUAAGUGGGAAGAUACGCUUUGAGUUGGUGUUUUGUGCGCCUUUAUUUAUUUUAUUAUGUUAAAAAGCUAUCAUUCAAAACCUGAUUGAGAUAAAGAGGCUUUUUGUCUUUACCCUUUUCAUGGUUCAUAGAAACUGAUCCAGAGUUCUCUUGUGUUUGCUUGAACAAAUGUGUAUCAUUUAGGAUUUCUUUGAUGUCUGCUGCAAAUUUAAAAACUACUCCCAAGCCUACAUACUUGUUAUUGUAUUCAGCUUCCCUGGUAACUGCUGCACAGUUACUUUUUCAUAGAAAAUAAAAUCUUGUUCUAACAAAGUUGCUUGGAUUUUCAAGGCAACUUACCAUA